AUGACGCAUGGACGUCAAAACGUUCUGAAGCCGUUAUUUUGUUUCGCCGGAAAAAUGAUAAGUGUAAAAAUAGAGCAACGAAUCGUCGUGAAAUUUCACAUGAAACUUGGAAAAUGCGCUACUGAAACUUAUCUUUUAUUAAAAGAAGUGUAUGGCAACGAAUGUUUAUCACGUGCGCGAGUUUUUGAGUGGUUUAAGCAUUUCCAAGAUGGCCGAGAAGACGUUGAAGAUGAUUCACGCCCGAGUCGCCCUUCCACGUCAAAAACGGAUGAAAAUAUUGAAAAAGUCGGAACAAGAUUUCAGUCCGUUGAAACUGUGAAAGAAAAAACGGCAUGCGUCAUGAAGGAGCUCACAGAAGAAGACUUCCAACACUGUUUCGAACAAUGGAAAAUUCGCAUGGAGCGUUGUAGGGAUAAAGGAGAGGUGUAUAUUGAAGGUGAUAAUAACUAAAAAUGUAUAAAUUCAAAAUAAAA